UGUCCCCCUCUCGAGCCGCCACCAUGGGCAAGCCGCAGUCGGGAUGGUCCAAGUUCCGCCUGCUGAUGUGGAAGAACUGGACGCUGCAGCGGCGCCACAAGGUGCAAGCCGUGCUGGAGGUGCUGCUGCCGCUCAUCUUUACCUCGCUGCUGGUGCUGAUCCGGUCUCUGGCAGAGUCCACCGUCUACACGGAGCCCACGCUGUACACGCCCAUCAGCGUCGACCAGCUGCCCAACAACAGCAUGGUGCCGGUGGCAGGCAUCGACCCGGCGAAGGUGAUGUCUGUGCUGGGUGGAUCCUCCUCGGCAGGCGGCCUACCGGACAUACCAGACGACGUCAAGGAGUGCAUCAAGGAUCUGCUGCCCGCUUCGUUCCUCACCAGCCUGGCGUUGGGCGGGCUACCGCAGCUGGAGAGGAGGAAAUGGGUGGGCUUCACCCCCAACACCACGUUCAACGAAAAACUGAUGGCAGACGUGCAGAAAAGGCUUGGAGGCUCCCAGCAUCUGCAAGUGCAAGGGUUUGCCACGGAGGAGCAGAUGCUGCUUGGCCUUGAAGGGAGCCUGGGACAGACGAUUAUAGGGACGGGCGACCGACGAAUGGCCGGCAUCGUGCUCCCUAACGCGGACAAUGUCAGCGACCUGAACGGCCACCUAGAGUUCAAGAUUCGUCCGCGGAUUCCGACAGCGGUGACGGCAUUCAAACCGCCUUCGGUGUGGUACACCAGCCUGCAGUUUCCGCCGUUCCAGAUGCUCGGGCCCAGAAACAAAGACGACAACGAUGGAGGCUCGCCAGGGUACUACCAGAACGGCUUUCUGGCACUGCAGCACGCGGUGUCGGCGGUACUGACCGAACGGUUGGCCAGCCGACCGGUCAGCGAGCCGGCGUUCGCGCAGCGCGUGCCCUACCCGGCCUACGUGGACGACCAGUUCCUGGUGGUGCUGCAGGGCUGGCUGCCGCUGGUCAUCAUGCUCAGCUUCAUCUACCCCGCCAUCAACAUCGUCAAAAACGUCGUGGUGGAGAAGGAGAAAAGGCUCAAGGAGUCGAUGAAGAUGAUGGGGAUGCCCAACUGGAUCCACUGGAUGGCCUGGUGGGCCAAGUCCUUCAUCCAGCUGCUCGUCUCCAUCUGCAUCAUGACCCUGCUGCUGAUGGUCGAUUGGUACGCUGGUCCGGAAGGAGAAGCGGUCCUGUCUCAGUCAGAUCCUUCAGUCAUCUUCGUCUACCUCCUGCUCUUCACCAUCAACAGCAUCGCCUUCUGCUUCAUGAUCUCAACGUUUUUCUCCAAAGCUAACAGCGCCGCCACAGCCGCCGGCGUGCUCUUCUUCGUGCUCUUCAUCCCGUACAACUUCCUCUACCUGACGUACCAGACGCUGACGCUCAGCUCCAAGAUCGCGGCCUGCAUCAUGAGCAACACGGCCAUGGGCUUUGGCGGCAUGCUGAUUGCCAUGUGGGAGGGCACAGGGGAGGGUAUCCAGUGGAGCAACGUGAACCGGGGCGUCUCACCCGACGACGACUUCAAGAUGAGUCACGUUUUCAUGAUGUUUGUGGUGGACACUGUGCUGUACCUGCUGGUUGCCUGGUACGUGGAGGCGGUGUUUCCAGGAGAGUAUGGUAUCGCCCAGCCCUGGUACUUCCCUGUCUCGAAGCGUUAUUGGUUUGGAAACCAGCCCCAUGACGACGAAACGGUUCCGGUCAACAACAACUCCGAGAGGGCCGACUUCUUCGAGGCCGAGCCGGCGAGCGGGAAGGCCGGGAUCCGCAUCGACCAACUGUCCAAGAGAUUCUCGAACGGCAAGCUAGCGGUGAAUAACGUAUCGCUGAACAUGUACGAAGGCCAGAUCACUGCGCUGCUGGGUCACAACGGCGCCGGCAAGACGACCACCAUGUCCGUCCUAGUUGGUCUGUUCCCUGCCUCCUCGGGUACGGCGCUCAUCAACGGGUACGACAUUGGCACUGAGGUGGACGAGGUGCGGGCCUCGCUCGGCAUCUCCCAGCACGACGUGCUCUUCGACGAGCUCACUGUGGCCGAACACAUCCGCUUCUUCUGCACGCUGAAGGGAUACGAUGGCGAUUACCGAGAGGAAAUCGACAACAUGCUCAAUAUUCUCCAGCUGGAAGACAAGCGAAACGCACAGUCACAUACGCUCUCAGGCGGUAUGAAGCGGAAGCUGUCGGUGGGUAUCGCGCUGUGCGGCGACUCCAAGGUGGUGCUGCUCGACGAACCGACCAGCGGCAUGGAUCCGUCCGCGCGCCGCUCCACCUGGGACCUACUCCAGCGAGAGCGGGCCGGUCGCACUAUGCUGCUGACGACUCACUUCAUGGAGGAGGCCGACCUGCUGGGUGACCGGAUCGCCAUCAUGGCGGACGGGCAGCUGCAGUGCUGCGGCUCGUCCCUCUUCCUCAAACGCAAAUACGGCGCUGGCUACCACAUGGUGAUUGUGAAAGAGGAAGGCUGCGACGUGGAGAAGAUCACCAACACCAUCCAGCGAUUCAUCCCAGACAUCGAGUAUGACCAGAACAUCGGUGCCGAACUGUCCUACGUGCUGCCGAACGAGGCGUCGGCAAAGUUCGAGGAGAUGUUCACUGAACUGGAUGAAAGGCGUGCCGAGCUCAAGGUGUCCAGCUACGGCGCCUCCAUCACCACCAUGGAGGAGGUGUUCAUCAGGGUGGGCGAGCAGUCCAACCCCAAGGUGCAGGAAGAGCUGCGCCAGCGGUCGGAGAUGGCGAACGGUGGCGCAGGGUCGCGCCAGACCACGCCGCACGGGCAGGACAACGUGGGCUUUCUGCCUGACGUCGAGACGCUGGACGUCUCUGGUGCCAACGGCACUCACGAGAUGAAGCCGACGCUGGCGAACUUCGGAUCAAUGCGGUAUAUGGAGGAAGAAGAAAUUGAAAUGGUGCACAGAAUCACCAUCGAGAAAGUGCCCCAAGAGCGGAGGAACACAUCAAGCUUCAUUCUGUUCAUUCAGCAGUUCUACGCGAUGCUGGUCAAAAAGACGCUCUACUCGAUCCGCAACUGGGUACUGACGCUCGUUCAGAUUUUCCUGCCGAUCUUCUUCCUGUCGAUGGCGCUGCUGGUCAUCAUGUCGUUCCCAGGACUGGCCGACGACCCUCCUAUGGAGCUCAAAUUCACGAACUAUGACGGCACCAACACCCCCGUGUGGGCCGAGCCCGGGGUGCCCGAUGCCGAGGACCUGGCCGCGUUCGUCUCCACCAUCGACGACACGGUGAUCCAGGUGGUCAACACGACCCAGUUCGACAACCUGACCGAGUACCUGCUGGAGAAGACGCUGGAAGACGUGCCCGGUUUCAACCAGCACUAUAUAGCCGCCGUGGACCUGACCUCGGACGGAGCCUCUGGUCUGGCCGUCACGGCGGUGUUCAAUAACCAGCCCUUCCACUCCGCCGGCGUGGCCAUGAAGGCUGUGGAUGAGAGCCUUCUUCGCUACUACACGAACGACUCGAGCCUACAAAUCAAGGUUAUCAACCACCCGGCGCCCAUCUCCGCCCAAACCAAGCUUCAAAUGCAGCUGAACGGCCAGAGCAACGGCUUCAACAUCGCCUUCAACGUGGCCUUUGGCGUCUCGUUCUUGGCCGCCUCGUUCGUGCUCUUCCUCGUCAAAGAGAUGGUCACCAAGGCGAAGCACCUGCAGUUCGUCUCCGGUGUGGGAAUCACCGUCUUCUGGCUCUCCAACUUGGUGUGGGACUACAUCAGCUACCUGAUCCCGGCGUGCGGCAUGCUCCUGACGCUGCUGGCCUUCCAAGAGGAGGGUUUCAUCGAGCCGGAAACACAGGGCACUCUGAUGCUCCUGUUUGUGCUGUACGGCUACGCAAUGCUGCCGCAGACCUACCUCUUCUCGUUCACCUUUACCGUGCCGUCCUCCGGCUUCACACGGGUGGCCCUCUUCAACAUCUUCACAGGAAUGGCGACAAUGGUGACGGUGUCGGUGAUGAGGAUUCCUCUGCUGGAGCUGCUGGAUGUGGCCGAUAUUCUGGACUGGAUAUUCAUGAUUCUUCCCAACUACGCGCUGGGCAUGGGUAUGGCCGACAUCUACUCCAACUAUCAGGGACAGCAGUACUGCGGCACCAUAUCGUGCCGGGAGCAACUCUGUGUCCUGCUCGACAAACUCAACAUGACCAACCCGUGCUGCAAAGAGCUGGGCAACUGUGGCGAGGCGGGCUGCGUCUAUUUCAACGACAAUUACCUGGCGCUAGAGCGGCUCGGCAUUGGACGCACGCUGCUCUUCAUGUUCGCCGAGGGGACCGUCUGCCUGAUAAUUUUGUGCCUCAUUGAACUGAGGGUGGCUGACAAAAUUAAAUACUUUAUCAACAACAAGAGAAAUACCUACGGCAAGCUUAUGAAGGAAGCGGAUUCCAGUAACGAAAACGUUAUUGUGGCGGAAGUCGACUCGGACGUCGCUGCUGAGAAAGAACGGAUCCACACAGCUGACAUUGAUACGCUGAAAACCAACAACGUUCUCGUCGCCAAGGAUUUGACCAAGUUCUACUCGAAAGACUUUUUGGCGGUGGACCGACUUUGUCUGGCGGUGCCCAAGGGAGAGUGCUUCGGACUGCUGGGAAUCAACGGAGCCGGGAAGACGACCACGUUCAAGAUGCUGACGGGCGACGAGCUGAUCUCGUGGGGCGACGCGUUCCUGAUGGGUCGCAGCGUGCGCGACGAGGUGAAGGAGGUCCACAAACAGCUCGGCUACUGUCCACAGUUCGACGCCGUUAUCGAUCAGAUGACAGGUCGGGAGACUCUGCGCAUGUUCGCCCGUCUGCGAGGUAUCUAUGAGGCCGACAUUGACAGCGUUAUCGAGCGUCUGGCGCACGGCCUCUUCCUCACAGAGUACAUUGACAAACAGGUGCGGGAGUACUCCGGAGGCAACAAGCGCAAGCUGAGCACGGCCGUGGCGCUGGUGGGCGACCCGCCGAUCGUGUUCCUCGACGAGCCAACCACCGGUAUGGAUCCGGUGGCGCGCCGACUGCUCUGGGACGUCAUCUGCCGAAUCCGAGCCGCCGGGCGCAGCAUCAUACUGACGUCACACAGCAUGGAGGAGUGCGAGGCGCUCUGCACGCGUCUCGCCAUCAUGGUCAACGGCCAGUUCAAGUGCAUGGGCUCGCCGCAGCAUCUCAAGAGCAAGUUCGGCCAGGGCUACACGCUACUUGUCAAGGUCGCCGUUAGCUCUGCGGAGAAGGAGGAGUUUUCGAAGACACACAAACGAGCGGCAUCUAGUUCGUCAGCACGCCGCCAGAUGUCAGCCAGUGUGGGCCCACAGCGGCGGCAGAGCAUGACGGCCGCCGUGCAGCCCGUCAAAGACUUUGUGGAAAAACACUUCCCAGGCUCCAUCCUGAAGGACGUGCACCAGGGUCUGCUCAACUACCAGAUCACGGACACAUCGCUCUCCUGGGCGCGGAUAUUCGGCAUGAUGGAGCGGGCCAAGGAGACUCUCAACAUUGAGGACUACUCGGUCGGGCAGACCACGCUGGAACAGGUGUUCCUGAAUUUCGCCAAGGGUCAACGGUCAGAAGAGGAGUAAAAGGGACACACAUCUAAGAUGUGACAGAAAAGCAAACACAAUGAAUGUGGCAUAGUGUACGAAAUACACCAUAUCACACUGGACUAUAGGGAAACUUACAGGGAACUUAUUCAAACCGCACUUGACGACAUUGGAACGAAUUCUAACACACUCUGGCCAUUGAACUUUGCGAGCUACUAUUUGUUCUGUGGACUUAUGUAUGUGCUCUGCAAUUUUUUAUCUUAGAGCUUAACUGUUGACAUGUGUGAUGUUGCCUGCGUUAUUUCUGUGUUUUAUUUUAUUCUGUCUGUUUUAUUUUGCUGAUCAUAUUACGGGGAGUCCCAUGAAGUUUAUUUAAGGCCCUACUUAAGUGAGCUUGGAAUUUGGAUAGAACUUGAAAUCUACCUUUUGGUUGAAAGUGUGCUGUAUGUAUAUAAUCGAAAGAUUGGCUCAUUGGUGUUAUAUUUAUCAGGAUGUUUAACAGGAGCUUUGUUGUAGUGUACACUGGAAAUGCAGUUGUUUUCUGUAUAUCUUUCUGUCGAGAGUGAUUCUGGACAUGCUUAUGGGAACACGGUUCGUGUAGGUUUUGUUUCUUUCCCUAACGCUUGCACUAUAAUCACAAUAGUUCUAAAUGAGCUGAUCCAAGUCCUGUGAUUUGAAAUAAAGCUAAGUUAUGAUAUUUGAUAAGAAUGACCUCAUCGCGAACUUUCACUUGCUGCAUUGUGCGUCUCACUACGACUUAUUCGACGAGUUCGA